GAUUGAUUUGGGUCAAAUUGUAUCCUUAGAAACCGUACACAAGUUACUUCUCAUGACUUUCAAAAAGCAAAUUCCACAACCAUUAACCACCAUCCUCACUCCCCUUUGCCCCUCCCUAUCUAGGGUUUCAGAAACCUGAAAUGGGGAGUAACAACCACCAUGGCUGACACCACCACCACCACCACCUCCCUCUCCUUCCUAACCAAAGGCUCUCACGUUGAAAUCAACUCCGACGAAGACUCCAUCAACGGCACCUGGUACUCCGCCACCGUCCUCAACCCUCCUCCCACCACUCGCAACCAAUUAGUCUACGUCGAAUACCACAACCUCUCCGAAACCAAUUCCACAACUCGCUUGCGUGAAUACGCUAACAUCUCUUACGUCAGACCUUCACCUGUUCCGGACACCAACAAUCCCCCCAAUUUCCAGCUAAACGACGUCGUUGACGCCUUUUACAGAGACGGUUGGUGGACCGGCGUUAUUACGACCGUAAUUGACGCCGGUAAUUUCGUUGUUACGUUCCAAAACCCUCCCGAUCAGGCUCAGUUUCGCUGUUCUGAGUUACGGAUCCAUCGAAAAUGGGUCGGUGGAAGAUGGUUCCAACCACAGAAGCAGGGAACAGAAGGAGUGAUGUUCACUGUAGGCAAAAAAGUAGAAGUGUCUUUUGAGAGAGAAAGUUUGCGUGAUUGUUGGGUUCCUGCAACAAUACUGAAAAAUUCGGACAACAAUACUUUUCUAGUUGAGUAUCAGCAGCGGGGAACUGGUGAUGAAGCGAUUCUUCAUAAAGUUACAGUAGAUUACCUUCAUAUUCGACCCUCACCACCUCAUUUGAGAGCUAAGAAUUUUGCUUUGUCGGAAAAGGUGGAUGCUUAUUAUGACUUUGGAUGGUGGAGUGGUGUGAUUACAAAAGAACUUCCUGAUAAUAGGUAUAAUGUGUUCUUUAAGCAUACUAAAAAGGAAAGAGAGUUUAUUUACUCAAGAGUGAGGCCACAUAUGGAAUGGAAAGGUGGCCAAUGGUUCAACACUUCCCAGGGUGACACGGAUGUGAAAGCUACUCCUUCCUUGAUAGAUGAGCAAAUUAAGCAGAAAACACCUAGCAUUGACAAAGAAAGCACUCUUGCAACAUCAACGAUGAAGAGAACAAAGCAGAAGGUUCUUGAUAUCAAUGGCAAGGGUUCACCGUCUUCAAAGAAACUGAAGGAUGAAAUUGCGGAUGAUGAUCCAAGUAAAAAAACAAACGGUCCAUCUAUGGGUCAAUCUGAGGGCUUUGACUCUGAAGAAACUGGAAUGACUGACCAAGCAAAUGGAAAGAAAGGGCGUAGGAAACUAACAACGGAUUCUUCAAGAAAGAGGGGGAGAUUAAGCAACGAGCUUACGAGCCUGCAAACUUCUGACAAAGGAUCUGAAGUUGACUCCAUCAAAACAAGAACCAAAGAUACUGUGGAAAAAGAAGAUAUUACCGAAGAUUCUCCCACUCCCGUUGUCAUAGGUUUGCAAUGUAAUGGGAUGACAGUAUCACAAGGGAAGAUACUUCAAAAGCUUUCCAUUGAAAAGACCCCAAAUGUUAACGGAAGUGACACGCAACAACAACCCACGGUUCCAUUUUCACCAUUAACAAUGUCCGAGAAGGGAAGUGAAGGGGAUACUGCAUCUGUUGCUCCAAAAAGAAAGAGGGGUAGACCACCUAAGUUACGGGCCUUAAGCCCUAACACUUCUGUUACAUCUGAUAAUCCUAACAGUAGUGCUGUUCCAUCUGCACCAUCUGGUCAAAAGAAAGAAGUUGGCUUGACUACAAGUUUAGCGAGCAAGUCAUUGAAAGAGAACCAUGGGCCUGUAAAGGAGCAACCGGUGAUACAAAAUGCCCAAUUGAGUGAAGAAGACAAGUUGCCAAAUGAAAAUACUGGGAAAGAUUUAGAUGUUCAACCGGUUCUGGAAACAAAAAAGCAUUCGGCAAAGAAAGGAAAACGAGGAAAACGGAAGACAAUCAGUGUAAACACCGAGUCUUCAGCUCAAGUGUUUGGUGUUUUUGACGUAGAUUCUCGAGAUUCAUCUAAAGAAAAAACAGAUGGUAGGUUGGAGAAGGAUUCAGCAAUGAGAAAUCCGGAUGCUUCUGUUGGGAAAUCACUGGACAGCGUGUCUGAUGAUCAUCGUCCUCUUUCUAGAUGGGUUAAAGAAAAAGACGCUCCAAUAACCAUUCAUGCCCCUGAUGGAACUGUGGAACAGUCAUCAAAUGUGAGUGAGAAACUUGCGAUAUGUGUGGUGGGUUCCGAAGACUUGCCGUUUGUCCGAAACCCGUCGCUUUGGCAAACCAUAGAAUCAAUGGACGCCUUCCGGAUGCUUCCACAAAAACCACAUUUCCGCCCAUUGUUGGAAGGUGUGAAAGAAAGUGCUCGUGAAGGGUUAGCCAUUGGUAGCAUGGUUACAUUUACAACUGUGGUUGGCCAGACUUGCGGUAUGAGAUUUGAUGAUCCAAGAAGUACCAUAGAGGACUGUUUGGAAACACUUGUGGAACUUGAAGAUAACGGGUUUGAUGUCAGGGUGUUAAGAGGACGGUUGACCCGAUUGCUUUUGAUAAAGGACAAACAGGAUGAACUCAUGGAACGGUCAGAAGGGGUUGCUGAAAAACUAGAGGAACAUACCGUACAAAGAAAGAUUCAGUGUGAUGAUGAGUUAAACUCGAUCGAUAGACAGAUAAGGGAAUUGCAGGAAAGACGGAAACAGGUGGUGUUGAAGAAGGAGAGAUGGAAUUCGGAGAUUAGUGUAAUGGAAGCGAUGGCUGAGGAAAUCGAGCAUGAAAUGAGGAGAGUAGGUGCAGAAUUUGAUGCGUUAGCGGCUACCCCUUUGUGAUUAGUGGAUUUUAGUUAGGUUUCUUGUUGGUGAUGCGAAUGCUGUGUUUGUUCAUUUUGAAUGGUAGUUGUAAAGUCGACGUCGUCAUCGACAUCAUCAUCAUCAUCAACAGUUACUAACCCCUUACUUUCUUUUGUCAUACUUGUUUUAACAAUUGAUACUUCUUUACUCUUCAAUAUUUUCUAUUUUGAGUGUUCA